AUGGCAACCGCAGCCACCUCAUCGAGGGUCCUCAAGGCUCCUCCUACACCCAAAGAAUUUAUGAUCGGCUGGAUAUGUGUUCUCAAAGAAGAAUACCGUGCAGCUGUGACAAUCCUGGACGAGAGGUACGACACCGCCAGCCUCGUUCGGGGUGAAAGGGAUAAAAACCAAUAUGUCCUCGGACGGGUCGGGUCUCACAACGUGAUUAUCAAUCUCCCACCGACAGGAUUGAACGGACCGGUACAAGCAUUCGGGAUAGCCCGUGACAUGAAAAGCACUUUCCCAAGAAUUCGAUUCGUCCUUCUCGUGGGAAUCGCAGGCGGGGUGCCCUCGAGGAAAGAAGACAUUCGCCUCGGUGAUGUCGUUCUCGGGCAAAGGGUAGUCCCUUACCGCACCGGCAAAGAGACCCAGAAUGGCUUUGAACGGACUGGCAUGAUACGAGCCCCACCUCCAGAGCUUCUAACAGCGGUGAGGUUUUUGGAUGAUCGCAUUGACAUUGAUGGUCUGGAUCUGUCCGUGUCUAUCGAGAAUAUUCGUGCGAAAGCCGCCAGAGGCGGAGCUGCGUUCCUUCGUCCUAUGAGGGAUCGGCUUUAUGAACUCGGCUUCGCCCAUAAAGACUCGGGGUGUGAUUGCCUGGAGCCCGAGUCGCAACAUCCAGAAAAUGUGAUCUACCGCCGGGACCGUGAAGGCGACCUGGUCCGGCUGUUUCACGGUGGAAUGGGGUCAGACGCCGCUGUUAUGAAGAAUUCUCGGAACCGCGAUGCCAUCGCCAGAAGGGAGGACAUCCUGUGCUAUGAAAUGGAGUCCUGGGGGGUGAUGGAUCUCAUCCCUUGUCUUCCCAUCCGAGGGAUUUCAGACUACGCGGAUGAACACAAGAAUGAUGUCUGGCAUCUAUAUGCCUCUUUAGCAGCGGCAACCUGUGCGAGAGAGUUCCUGUUAGCUCUACCUCCUGGGGUUGUCAGUCAAUUCCCCCUGACGAUCCAGGGACAGGAGGUCGAGCGUUAUGUGAAAGGUGCGACCAGCAACCCAGACGCGUUUUUUGGCAGUGGGAUGGAGAAGCUGAGACAAACCCGUGAUAGUCUAAUGGAACGUCAUGAAAUCCUCAAAGGGCUCAUGAAGGACCUUCAGAAAUCGCGACCUGUUUCCGAAGAUGACGAGGAAGGUUUGCAGAAGCAGAUGCGGACACUCAAGGAUCUCCAGAAAAAUUUGAAGCAUCACCUCACAGAACUUGAUGAAAUCAUGGACCAACAUGACGAGCUACGUUUUAGUGCAGACCCGGCUGUACGAGACGAGUUUAUGAAAUUGAAGAGUCAGAUACAGACUGACAAAAAGGUAAUGGAAGACUUGGGCAACUUUGCUCAGAGUAGUCUCGGGGCUACAGGCCAAUUGGUAGAAAAGAUGGGGGACGCUUUUAGGAAUGAAAGUAUGAGCAUUGCGGGCAUUGUGAUGAAAGCCAUUGGUGAAUAUCUCGGAAAAGUUAUGAUCAUCUGCAUAUCGCACAACAUCACCCCAGCUGGCUUGUGGAACUGGGGGCAUCGGAAGUACCGAAAGUAUCGCGUCAUUCGUCCUGAACCUUCGAGCAAUUUAGAUGAGAUGGAUUUAAUUGAGAUGGAGUGCGGGGGUGAUGCUGGUGUAGCUGGAGUGUAUUGA